UGAGUAGGUGAAUAUAUAUAGGAGGUGGCAGUAGGUACCGGUGUGAUGAGAGAGAUAGAUAGAUAGAAUUAAUAGAGAAGCAAUCUGAAUAACGAGAAUGGAGAAUAACGAGGAAAUCCCAUCAACACCUGCAACGCCAGGCACUCCUGGUGCACCUCUUUUUGGAGGCUUCAACAAUGGCAGUGGUAGGAAUAAGAGCAACAAGUCACUUCUCAAGAGUUGCAGGUGCUUCAGCGUGGAGGAAUGGAGCCUAGAAGAUGGAGGCUUACCCGCAGUCUCAUGCUCGCUGCCAGCCCCUCCGCCAGUCCCUCUCGCAAGGAAAGUUGGAGCAGAGUUCAUCGGAACCUUCAUUCUCAUGUUCGCCGGCACCGCCGCUGCCAUCGUCAACCAAAAGACAAACGGCUCCGAGACCCUCAUCGGAUGCGCCGCCACCACCGGCCUCGCCGUCAUGAUCGUCAUCCUUGCCACCGGCCACAUCUCCGGCGCUCAUCUCAACCCCGCCGUCACCAUUUCCUUUGCCGCAUUGAAGCACUUCCCUUGGAAGCACGUUCCUAUGUACAUUGGUGCACAGGUUUUGGCUUCUAUAUGUGCCGCAUUUGCUCUUAAGGCAGUUUACCACCCUUUCAUGAGUGGAGGAGUUACCGUUCCUUCCGGAGGAUAUGCCCAAGCUUUUGCUUUGGAGUUCAUUAUUGCCUUCAAUCUCAUGUUCGUUGUCACUGCAGUUGCCACCGACACCAGAGCUGUGGGAGAACUGGCGGGAAUCGCGGUGGGAGCAACUGUGAUGCUAAAUAUACUCAUAGCAGGGCCAGUAUCAGGGGGCUCAAUGAACCCAGUAAGAACACUAGGUCCUGCUGUAGCUGCAAACAACUACAAAGCCAUAUGGGUCUAUCUGGUAGCUCCCAUACUUGGUGCUUUAGGUGGGGCAGGAACCUACACUGCAGUCAAGCUGCCUGAAGAAGAUGAUGACGCCAAGGCAAAGGCUUCAAUCAGCUUCAGAAGGUGACUUGUCCCCAUUGUCAUCAGUCAACAGACCAUCUAAGGCUCCAACUUAGACAAUGGAACAUGAUAGGAUGAUUAUGCUCUUAAAUGAUAAUUAUAAAUAAUGUAGAAAGCAAGCAAUAGUGAGAAUAGUUUGGUUCGUGCAAAUGUUAGAUAUGUAAAACGUGUGUUGCAGUGUAUGAUGUAUCUAAACGUAUUCUGGCAUAAAUGGGUGCUGUUUGGUACAUAAAAAUACAAUAAUAUUCCUUUAUUUCCUCUUUUCA